AUGGAAUGGAAUAGAGGGGAGUGUGACCUAAAUGAACUGGUAAAGGAAUUUUCAUUUGCAUUUCUCUCUAUUCAAAGUUUUAAACCAUUCCUAUUUCAACUAAAUAAAUUAAGCAACGAUUUAAAGUGUCGCUGCAACAUGAUGGAUGUGAGUCGAACUAGUCUGCUUUACAAAUACCUCAGGUUAAUCCGUCCCAAGUCUCGCGGUAAAAAAAUUAAUUUGCAAGAUCCUCCCUCGCCUGAACCAAAGUCACAUUUCGGGGCAUUUUUUCAGCCAUUUCAAUUUAGUAACACUACAAUUCAAACCAUUAACCAUCGAGGCGCCCAUAGUUUUGAAAUGUGUAGCAAAGUAGCUCCAGUUAAUGGCCCAGAUCGUGAUGCCCAUGAAGCAUAUCAAACUCAUACCUUUACGUGCUUUCUGGCACCUAUUAGUGAUAAAUCGCUUGCUGUUUGGAUAACUAUAUUAUUUCCAACUUCUGCAAUCAUUAUGAAGGAUUUGAAAUGGGAGGCCAUUUAG